GCCCCGCUGCGCCCGCCCCGCGCCCGCGCCCACUAGUAUGGUGCAGCGGCGGCCGCGCUCGCGAUCAUGGGUGAGAAGCUGGAACUGAGGCUGAAGUCGCCCGUGGGAGCCGAGCCCGCCGUGUACCCGUGGCCCCUGCCGGUCUAUGACAAACAUCAUGAUGCUGCUCAUGAAAUCAUUGAGACCAUUCGAUGGGUCUGCGAAGAAAUACCGGAUCUCAAGCUUGCCAUGGAAAAUUAUGUUUUAAUUGACUAUGAUACCAAAAGCUUUGAAAGCAUGCAGAGACUCUGUGACAAGUACAACCGAGCCAUCGAUAGCAUUCAUCAACUGUGGAAAGGAACCACCCAGCCCAUGAAAUUGAACACUCGGCCAUCUAAUGGGCUUCUUCGACAUAUCUUGCAGCAAGUAUAUAACCACUCAGUCACGGAUCCCGAGAAACUCAACAACUAUGAGCCCUUUUCUCCAGAGGUGUAUGGAGAAACUUCAUUCGACUUAGUUGCCCAAAUGAUUGAUGAGAUUAAAAUGACAGAGGAUGAUUUGUUUGUUGAUUUGGGCAGUGGAGUGGGGCAGGUGGUUUUACAAGUGGCUGCAGCCACAAACUGCAAGCAUCACUAUGGUGUGGAGAAAGCAGACAUCCCGGCGAAGUAUGCUGAGACAAUGGACAGAGAAUUCAGGAAAUGGAUGAAAUGGUAUGGGAAGAAGCAUGCGGAAUACACACUGGAAAGAGGUGACUUCCUUUCAGAAGAAUGGCGGGAAAGAAUUGCAAACACAAGUGUUAUUUUUGUGAAUAAUUUUGCCUUUGGUCCUGAGGUGGAUCACCAACUGAAGGAGCGAUUUGCUAACAUGAAGGAAGGUGGCAGAAUCGUGUCCUCCAAACCUUUUGCACCUCUAAACUUUAGAAUAAACAGUAGAAACUUGAGUGAUAUUGGCACUAUAAUGAGAGUUGUGGAGCUAUCACCACUGAAAGGGUCGGUUUCAUGGACUGGCAAGCCAGUUUCUUACUACCUGCAUACUAUUGAUCGAACCAUACUUGAAAACUAUUUUUCUAGUCUCAAAAAUCCAAAACUCAGGGAGGAGCAGGAGGCAGCCCGCCGCCGACAGCAAAGAGAAAGCAAGAGCAACACGACGACUCCAACGAAGGUCCCGGAAAACAAGGGAGCUGUGGCCUUGGAGCCUCGAGUGGAUUCUGGUGCUGAAGAAGAUAAAAAUGGGACGGCUGCUCUUAAAAAGCCAUCUCCUUCCAAGCCUCGCAAAAAGAAAUUAAACAAAAAAGGAAGGAAGAUGGCAGGAAGAAAACGUGGACGCCCCAAGAAAAUGAGUGCUGCAAACCCUGAACGGAAACCCAAGAAGACUCCAAGUGCACUGGAGCUUCUGCAUGCUCAGACUGUGUCCCAGGCAGCUGCAUCCUCUCCUCAGGAUGCAUACAAGUCACCUCAUAGUCCAUAUUAUCAACUACCUCCUAAAGUACAACGGCAUUCCUCCAACCAGCUAUUGGCAACUCCAACCCCACCUGCACUCCAGAAGCUAUUAGAAUCAUUUAAGGUUCAGUACCUGCAGUUCCUGGCCUACAUGAAAACCCCUCAGUACAAGGCAAACCUGCAGCAGCUGGUGGAGCAGGAAAAGGAAAAGAACACUCAGUUGUUAGGCACAGCCCAGCAGUUGUUCAGCCACUGUCAGGCUCAAAAAGAGGAGAUCAAGAGACUGUUUCAACAGAAACUUGAUGAGUUGGGAGUUAAGGCUCUGACCUACAAUGAUCUGAUACAAGCUCAGAAAGAGAUCUCUGCUCACAACCAACAGCUAAAAGAACAGACAAAGCAGCUAGAAAAUGAUAACAGUGAACUCAGGAACCAAAGCUUGCAGCUGCUUAAGGCUCGGUGUGAAGAGCUCAAGCUGGAUUGGUCUACUCUCUCACUGGAAAAUUUGCUGAAGGAGAAGCAGGCACUGAAGAAUCAAAUUUCUGAGAAGCAAAAGCACUGUCUGGAACUUCAGAUCAGCAUUGUGGAGCUUGAGAAGAGCCAAAGGCAGCAGGAACUACUGCAGCUGAAAUCCUCCGCGCCGGCUGAUGAGGCCCUGUCCGUCCACCUGCGAAGCAAAAGCAGCUUCAGCCGAGAGCUGGAGGCUGACCCUGCCAGGUUCCAGCUGGACUUGGAGUGCUCCAAGUUGUCCUUGCCCCACCUCAAUAGCAUGAGCCCCGAACUCUCUAUGAAUGGCCAUGCGACCACCUAUGAGAUCCAUAGUAUGCUUAGCCGACCUUCUUCCAAACAAAACACUCCACAGUAUCUGACCUCCCACCUGGACCAAGAAAUAGUUCCUUGCACCCCCAUUCAUAACAACAGACAGAAGGCAGACAAGCUGUCGAGUUUGUCCUUACCUGAUUACACCAGGUAUUCCCCUGCUAAGUUAGCCCUAAGGAGACACUUGAAUCAGGAUCAUGUAGUCCAUGGAAAAGCUACAGCUAAUGAAAUACACCACAGAGCUGAACAUGCAAAAGAGAAUGGCCUGACAUAUCAAAGUCCUGGUAUGUCAAAUGGCCUAAAGCUGAGCCCUCAGGAAACUCGGCCUUCCUCUCCCUCGGCCUUACAGAUUGCAGGAGAGAAGAGCAGUGACAAGGUUUUAAAAGAGCGAGCCUAUGCCAGCAAUGGAGAAACAAUCACCAGCCUCCCUAUCAGUAUUCCUCUGAGCACAGUGCAGCCCAAUAAACUUCCCGUCAGUAUCCCAUUGGCCAGUGUAGUGUUGCCUAGCCGCGCGGAGAAAGUGAGGAACACACCUAGUCCAGUUCAUCAGAAUCGAGAAUCUACUUCAGCAACACUUGAAAAACAGUUUGGUGCUAAUUCCCAUAAUGGUAUGAACAGUGCUGUAGGAAACAAGUCCCUUGCUUUGGCUACCUCAGGUUUUUCUUAUAGUGGCUCCUUGGCAGUCAAUGGAACGCUUUCCAGUAGCCCAGCCCAUCUUAACCAUGGUGCUGAGCAGGCAGCCCUAGACGAUUCCUCCAAUUCAGGGAGCCUCUUUAAUUCAGUGGGUUCACGGAGUUCUACGCCACAGCAUCCUUCUUUACUCAUGAUGCAGUCCCGGAACUCCGGCCAGAACUCUCCAACCCACCCACUUGCUGCCAGCCCGCGCCUCAAUGGAGCUUCUCAAAGCAUGAUGGGGAUUUUGCAGUACUCGGAUACUACAAAAUUGUUCUCUGAAGGUAACAAUGGGGAUCUUCCACUAGAUUCAGGCUUUUCAGAUCCUGAAAAUGAAGUCAAGAGAAGAAUCCUCUUUACAAUCUCGACCAAUACAGGGAACCUGAAGCAGUCUCCUUCCAACAAACACAGUCCUCUGACAGCUAGCAUCCGCACAGACUGUGGACAGGCUUGUGUGCAGGAGGGCAAGAAGAGGGGCAGAAGGAAGCGGUCUUCCACAGGGAACCCCAGUGUGAACUCUGCGGUAUCUCCCAAGCGCAAGCCCCUACCGUCGGUGGCAGGCCUCUUCACCCAGUCUUCAGGCUCACCCCUCAACAUCAACUCUAUGGUCAAUAACAUUAAUCAGCCUUUAGAAAUAACAGCCAUUUCCUCCCCUGAAAACUCCCUGAAGAACUCUCCUAUUCCUUACCAGGACAACGACCAGCCUCCUGUGCUGAAAAAGGAGAAGCCCCUGAUCCAGACGAAUGGGGCGCACUACUCACCCCUGACCUCGGAUGAAGAGCAGGGAUCCGAAGACGAGCACAACAGCAUCAGGAUUGAAAGGAAAAUCGCAACAAUCUCUUUAGAGAGCAAGUCUCCCCAGAAAACAGAAAAUGGUGGUGGCCUUCCAGGAAGGAAGCAAAGUCAGCUAACUGAAGGCAUCAACAGCAGUAAAUGGAAGUCUACCUUUUCGCCAAUAUCAGACAUCAACCUUACCAAAACAUCUGACAGCCCCUUACAGGCAGCUUCGUCCCUGAGCCAGAAUUCCCUGUUUGCCUUCCGGCCUUCCUCAGAGGAUACGAUGGCUCUUGAUGCUAAGAUCUCUGUGCACACGAGGAAAAACUUCCCCAGUUCUUUGUCAGGGCCUGAUGGUCUCAGCCCCACCACAAACUCCUCCAAUGGUUUCUCCUAUGCUGGAGGCCUAUCUGCUGCUGACAUGAGUUUACACAGCUUUCAUGAUGGUGCUUCUCUUUCUCACAAGACCACCGAGGUGGCCAGCUUAAGCUCACCUCUGGGUUUUCAGGCACAGCGGAGCAAAGAUGGCUCAGACGCCAACCCUUUUCUGAACAAGAGGCAGCUGGACGGCCUGGGAAGCAUGAAGGGGGAGGAGCUACAGAGGGCUGGAGGCAGAAGCAAGGAGGUGCUCGACGUGGGCCUGCAGCUGGGGGGUCCUUCUGAAAAGGGCUCUCUGCAACACAGUGGCAAGGCUGGCAAAGGACGGGACCGGGACUUGGAGUUUAAAAACGGCCACAAUCUUUUCAUUUCUGCUGCCGCCGCCGCCGUACCUCCUGGAGGCCUCCUCAAUGGCAAAGGCCUUUCCGGCGCGGCCUCUGCGGCUGGCCACCCUGCUUCUUCUGUUUCGGCGCACCACCCUUUUUUAAACACUUUCACCACUGGAUCCCAGUUUCCCCUGGGCCCUAUGUCCCUGCAGGCCAACCUCAGCUCGGUGGCAGGCUCUUCAGUAUUGCAGUCUUUAUUUAAUUCCAUGCCUGCUGCCGCCAGUUUGGUCCACGUGUCAUCGGCUGCGACCAGAUUGACCAAUUCUCACGCUAUGGGAAACUUCUCUUCUGGGGUUACAGGUGGAACAGUUGGAGGUGUUUUUAACCAUGCGGUGCCUUCUGCCUCUUCUCAUCAGUUUGGAGCCAGUUUCUGUAGCAGCACCAUGCUAAGCUUAAACCCAGUGCAGGCUGUGGUCACCCCCACUUCCUCUUCCUUCCAGGCCCCUUCCUCUAGCAUAGGAACAUGUAGCGAGGCUAGAGCCCCCCAGCACCUCAGGCCUGUGCAGCCUGUCCUGCAUCCUCCUCCUCCUCCUCCCCCCGCUCCUCCUCCUGCUAACAUCUCGUUACCUCCACCCCCUCCAUUACUCGCUGCUUCUAACCCGGAGCCGGGGCUUCUGUCGACCCUAACGUCUGUUCCCGCUAACAGAGCUUUUAUUGCGCCCUCGUCGGCUGCUUCUCUCCAGGCUAACGCUUCUCUGUCUAUCAAGCUCACUUCCCUCCCCCACAAAGCUUCCCUUCCCUCCUUCACAGUCCAUCACCAGCCUCUGCCCCGUUUGGCCCUGGCCCAGGCUGCACCCGUGGUCCCGCAGUCCAACACCGCUGGCCCACCCGCUAUGUGGGUUACCCUUGGCAUGCAGUCUCCUUACGCUUCGCACCUUUCUGGGGUUAAGCCGCGAUAAAGAGCUUGCUUAGCUAGCAGUUCAUAUUAUGUAAGGUAACUAGGAUUUCUACCUCAACCCCGUGUGACCUAUGCAAGGACAUCGUGGACCAACUCACUCAGCUUCCACUGAAAGGUGCUCACCUGGCCUGCAAGGGUUUCAGCUCACAAACUACUGGAUGACAACGUAAACAAAAAGAUUUUUUAAGUACGAAGAGUAAAGAAUAUUCUACUGUGAAUCGGAGUUUAAAAAAAAAAACUGCAGAAGAAAUGACUUAAAGGCUCCAGUUUGUAUUGUUGAUAGUUUUAGAUAAAGUAUUUAUCAUUUUUUAAAAAGUAAAAACAAUUUUGACUUAUUUUAUUCCAUCUAAGUCAUAAAAGGCAACUUAUUAAGAAGAUAUAAAUAACUAUAUAUAAGAAUAUAUAUAAAUAAAUAAGAUAUAUAUAAGGACUGGCACACCAGCAGAGACGUCAACAGCUUGUUCUCGGUGCUAUUUCAUCCAUCAGAACUGUGCCUCUGUAGUUCUCCUUGGUGCUGACUUUCGAGGGUUGACCAAUGCCAAAUAUAGUUCUUGGGAAAGUCUGCUUUAUUUAUUGAAGUCACUCUGUUCAUUUACCAAAGGCUUUACCUGUCCUGAAGAAGUGAGGGCAAAAAAGUUGAUGUGUGGGUUUGGGGCCUUGGUGGUUUUUAUUUGUUUGUUUUUGUUUUUAAAAACAACUCCUUUAAGCAACUAUGUAUGUUUGACCACUGUUUUCCACCUUCUCAACCAGCUGGUAGGCCGCCUGGUCUUUAGUCCUUGUGACCAUCCCACCAAACAGUUCAUCGUGAACUGAGAAUACCUUAAAGCUAGUUCCAUUUAAUGUUUUCCUUGUCCCCCACACAUGCCCUCAUCACUGAGUUCCCCUGUCACUGUGAAUUUUACCUGCUAUACUGUUAAUUCUUUUAGCCCUUUAUUUUGGGGAUGUCAUUGGCAUAUGAACAGGGUGCAUAAUUACUGGUGUUGGUCAGGCCCAUUUUAAUUCUUCAUGGCAACAUUGGACAUUAAUUCCUAAGCUGGGGCAACCUUUGAUUUCUCAGCUUUUGUUGUUUUUGUUCAAAGUACUCUGUAUUUUGUUAGUAAUUUUUUGAUACUUGACCCCCAGAUGGCUUGGCCUUUGUACUAAGUGCAUUUGCUUUUGUAUUUCUUUGCUUUUCAGUAGGUUUAAAUGGUAGUUCUCUCACAUACACACAAACACACACACAUACACACACAAAUCCCACACAACUAUCUUAUUACGCACCGAUCUGAGGAUGUGGCGACAGAUUAGUUGUCUUGUGACCUGGUGUUCUGUGUACAGAAAAGUGUCACGCUAUGGAAGUGACAGUAUUUUAUAGAGAUAUGAUGAAAAUUUAUAAAUUUCAUAUACUUGAUUUCAUUUAUUUUUAGAUUGUAUAAUGCACAGUAAACUUUUAAAAAAAGAGAGGAAAAAAAUUACAAAACAUUUUUAUUUAUUCAAGUGCACAAAAAAGGGUAUGGGUUCCAUUUUUAAGCUUCUCAUUUUGAGACUAGGUAUCAUGGAUUGGACCAAGUACUCAGAUAGGAAAUGGCAAUAACCAUGAAUUGCAGUAGUAUGUCGACUAGACCCAAUGUACCCCUGCCUAAGCAAGUGUUCAGUCAUGGCGGGCAGAGGCUUUUGAAGCCUUUUGGCCUCCUUGGAUCCAUUCCUGCAAAACUUACUAAAGCAUCCUAUUUUCACACACAGACCUGGGAUGGAGAAACACGUUUCUUCCUCAGCUGUUCUUACCUACCUUGAUUGAUUUCUUCUGCUUGGCUGCAUCGUGUUAGGCUUCAUCAGUUAAUUGGUAAUGAAUUAAAUGCCUAAUCUUGAUAAUAUUUCUUCUUAUUUGUGUCUCUCUGAAUCAGGUUAUUGCCUACAACCCAGCAGGCCGUGUCUGGGAAUGUUCUCAGUGUAGAAUUGUAUUUAGAAUCCAGUUGCUGGAUUAGGUAUUCCAAGCUUCAGCCUCUGCUACAGAAUUUCCCCAGCUGGUGAUUCUCCCUGUUCUUCAACCCUCGUCUCCCCCUCACCCCCCAUUCCUGCACUGAGCCACAGGGACGUGAAGGUUUCAUUGUCGGUACUCAGCAAAAGUGAGCAGGUUGAGUCGGACUGUUGGGAAGAAGUGAGUGGAGGAGGAGCUGGAGAAGAUAACUCACAAGGGCAGUAGCUUCUAGUAGAAGCUGGGAAUAUUCCCUGGAAUCCAGGAAGUCAUGAAAUGAAGCCUAGUAACUCCUGACCACCAGAGAGGCGAAUCCCCUAGCACAGGUUCUGUGGAAGCCCAAACUUGGAUGCGAGUCUUUGGAGCCCUGAGGCUCGGGGAAACUCACAAGAAAUGACUGUCCUCAGGUUGAGUUGAGGGCAACCUCAUUGUGCUGUCUCUUGACAUUAUAGAUAGAACUGGUGUCUUGUUAAAAGUGGUGGAUGUGGGCUUGGAGAAGGGAGGGCAAUGUAAAAUGAUGAGGCCAUUAGCAUUCCUUGUGGUUGGUACAUUGGGAUUCAAGAUAAGGACAGCUACUUCAUCGUUGCCCAGAAUAGCUCAAGACUGAGGGUAGUCAGGAUCUGGGGGCAGAUCAAAAAGGUUCCCGUGUUGGAGUCCAACUGGUGGCUAGAAUUAAGUGUGAGACUUUGGCAAAUCCAGUUAUUAGUGAAUGUAGCAGUGUUUCUGGAUGAAAGGUGAGGGCCCUUGGAGUUGCUCAGGUAGCUGGUUGUCUGGUCUUUGCCACCCCUAGCUCUCCCUGCCAUCCCUCUUCCCUGGCCGCCUUUGCGUACAGAAUCCCGGGAGCAGUUCUGGUCAGAUGAUCAGCCCACAUGUUGAUGGCCUUGAGAAUGGUUUGUUUUUUAAAGGCUACUACAGAAAGCCUUUGGGGCUUGGGACAUCGAAGUACUGAAAGCAUCGAGUCUGAUCGUUCAGCACCCAGGGCAUCUUUGCCGUUAGCCUUUGUUUUUACUGAGACCUCAUGCCCAAGUGUAGAUGUUGGGAGGUUGCUGAGGAGUAGGGGAAGGAGGACAGGAAGGAUGCUUUACCUGUGGACAGCUUUAAUUUAGGCUUCACGGCCUGAGGGUGAAUUGAAUGAAGCUGUUUCUGGGAGGAAAAAAGGAAACUCUCCUGUUGGGAUUUCCCAGAGGCAGCCACAGAGGUAAAAAAAUGUGGGGCUAGAAAGGCUGUUUUCUGCAGUGAUUCUAGGCUUUAUGACAGACCCCUUCAGAACAGCUCCCAUACGCCUAGUCUAGAUGGAUUCCCUUGUCAGCUGGAACCUUCCCCUGAACCUCAUGCAGGUGUCUGGGCAAGACACAGGCUUCAUCUUUCUUUUCUCAGGAACUAGUUUAAAAUAGGAAAUGAAACCAUUAAAAUUGUAUCUUGUAUUCCCAUAACUUUCAGAUCCUCAGAAUGUCAGUUAAUUCACAUCUAAAUUAAUAAAUGCUCUUUAGAAAGCAACCUUGUAAACCCCCUCACUGAUCAAGUCCGGUUUUGCUGGGUCCUCCCCAGUGGUGGGUGGUUUAAAAGAAUGUGACAGUGGCCGUGUUGGCUCUUCCCUCCAGUUCAGAACACUUGCCCUCCCCCCGAGUUUAUGGAGGGGGUGGGCACUAUUUGAUGAGAACCUGUACAUUCUAAGAGCUUAAAGAUGCCGAGAGGCUCUUUGAGGGAUGGUGGUGCUGAGCCAGCUCAGGUGAUGAUGGAGUGACAGAAUGUGUUUCCCGGUGCUCUUCCUCUCUCUGCUCUUUAAGGGGAAAUAGGAGGCCGAUGCAAACCCAUGAAUGUUGAGUGAAUAGGCCCAGAGUAACAGGUGUGUCCAGUGGGACAAGAGAGGCCUGAAAAAUGGAAGAUUCUGAUCCAUCGCUGUCUCUCCCCUCCCCCACGAGAUUAAAUUAUUGAGCAGGAAUGAAGGGUGGCUGGCUUUGUCAGCUGCCCUGGAGUCUGUGUUGAGAGGGGUCUUAGCUCCCUUUGAGCAUGCAGUUAAAGGCAUUCCUGCAUUGGGUGCUCUCAUAUAUUCAUAUAUAUAUUCGACACUUUCAGAGCCAUUCCUAGUGCUCCUAGUAAUUUCCCCUUGAAUAUGUUCUCUGAAGAUUUCCUUUGUCUGUUUUCACCUUCAGUAGUCACUGGAAGGGUUUCCCAUAAGUUGGUAAAGAUUGGAGAUUUUGAGCUUCAGCAGGCCUUGAACAAGGUCCCGUGGGUAUGGAUGCAGUUGGGCUCGGGGAGGGCAAGCAGCACGGGAGUGCUCCUUCCAAAACCUAGCAGACUGUCCCAAAAGACUUGGUCUAAUAUUGCAGCCUGCUGGAUGGGGAGGGCGUGUCGAGUUGGUAGGAGUGCCUCUUCCCCCCCCCCCUUUCUGCUCACCCUCCAGUGAGUUGCCAGAGGGUGACUGCUCCCUGUGAAGGCCUGGCAUGUUGGAGUAGCCAGAGGCAGUUCGCUGUGACCGCAGGGCACUGGGAGCCUGGAUGCUUGUUCUCUGGCACAACUGGAGGGGCCCUCCCCCUCACCUUGGGGGUGGGGAACAGGACUGGUUUGACCCUUUAGGGAGCUUACACACUUGAUUUGUGCUGUAGAGCAAAAGACCAAUUUUGAGAUGGUGCUAUUUAUCAGCUUUUAACAAACAAACAAACUUAAUAUUCAAGAGGGAAAUUGUUCCCUCUCUCCUUCCAGUGAAGUUGGUGCUCUCCUUGCUCCCAGGUGCUACGUGUGCUAUGGAUAGAUGAGUUGGAGAUCACCCAAUCCCAUUCUGCAUGAAGUAGGCCUGUUGUUUGUCUUCCUUGUGGCCUCCUAGGUGAAGGAGCAUGUUCAAAUUUCAAGGUUUUGGCACUUGUCUCCAACCUCGGUGACCCAGGCACCUUCCUUCCUCUCCUGGGUCCUUCCCCACCUCCUCUUGGCCAGAAGCUGUUAGGUGAUAUCUCUGCCCUCCCCAGCAGGAGGCUUAGAGGGACAGUCAGAGACACCUUAAGUAAGAGUUGGAGAGUCCUUCUGUGCUCCACACCGCACAGUCUUUGGAAUGGUGGCUGGCUGUGUUUCACAAACAUGUCGGAUGAAUUACUGUUUUGUGCCAUUUUUGUUCAUACUUUCUUCAUUAAAAAAAAACCAAACCUGUAUGCACACACACAUACACACACACAUUGACUUGACUACUGCAGUACAAGAUAGUACUGUGGCUACCAGAACGUAACACCUGAGAUUAAAUGGAAUUAUACUCUCAGUAUAUGGCAUUUGUGAAAUUCUUUAGGGAUUGAAAAUUUUUUUUUCAUUCCUUGAAGAAAAAAUAUGUGUGUGUCACUUUAAAUGCUGACAAAUAAUUAUAAUGUAUAAUUGAACAUGAUUAACCCUUCAGGUUGCCCUGUGACUGACUCUAAGGUACACCUGUAUGCUUCACUGAGAUUAGCCUUUCAUAAAGGUGCUUUUUAAGAGACGGGGGGAAGGGAGGAAUAGAUCUUUAGCUCAGGAGAGAAUUUGGGGUUUGCAAUCCGUUUAGCUAAAAUGGUCAACUUUGGCUUUUAUGCAUGGGAUUUAGAGCUGUUGGAGAGCAGAGGGGUCGUUCAGGGACAUGAAGCAGGUCAUGAAAUUACUUUGCUCGCAUAUUGAUUUGUUAAACUUUUAACAACUAAAACAGUCCCUUCCCCAGAAUGGAUUAAAAAACACAUCCCCACACACCCCCACACCCCUACAUCUUGCUUAGGACAUGUGCUAUGGGAUGUUUCCUAGUCAAUAGGAAUUAGUUUAUAUGCUUUAGCCUAUGAAUUUGUGACUUAUUUAAAAUUCAAAUUGUUUCCCUUAAUUUAUGUCAAUACAUUGUCAUUCCGUUCAUUUUUAGUAGGAAAUAGUUAAUCCUAAUCCUUUUCCCUCUCAUGCUUGUAAUUAAUUCUUCACAGUUCAGAAUUUAAAAGGUUUUCCCUUCUAUUUCAGUUCCUUCUAUCUUAAUUUGUAAUUGAGAAGAUGCUUUUAAGUUUGCCUUUAUAUUAAAAUCUGUAUUUUAAAUGUGUGUAUCGCUGUGUUGCUUCCCCCUUGAGGCUGUUGGUUUAAGCAUCCUUUCCUAUGGGAAAUCCAUAACAUUCUCCAUUUCCACCCCUAGACUCAAAUAAAAAUAUUUAUUUUCACUUGUA